AUGCCAUCUAGCUCUACUCUUUUAGAGUCUAGCUCCAACACAGCUCAAGAGACCCUGACGGAGCCCGAGCCACGGAAAGAGCAAAGCUCGGAUCCGCUCUUGUCCCCAUCUACUCCGCUCCCUGAAGAAGCUCCACAGCGGGCCCCAUCUAAUCAGCGCUCUGAAGUCAUGGCCGAUUCCAGCGCGACGACAACCGCCGUCGGCUCAGAAACCAAAUAUGACGCCGAGCCGCCGCUCGAUAACAAUACCACCAAGCCAGAUGGGAAAUCAGCGGUCGCUGUGUCGGAAAAUGCCGCGGUAAAAUCCGCUUGUAAAAAACACCCGACCAAGGAAUCGGAUCCCAACAGCCGCAACCGCGACUCGAAAAAGAAGGGCCAUAAGUCUACCAAAACCUCGUCUAUAGUAACGCCGAGCGAUGAUAGCUCCGAGGGGUCGAGUUCUUCGGCUGAAAGCCCCAGCGCUGAAGAGACUGCUUCCGAUGAGGAAGAAUCCCCCUCUAGUUUGUCCGAGUCGGCGCCGGAAAGGACGCAUCGGCGAAGAGGGACAAAGAGCAAGGCGAAGAAGUCACUGAGAGGCAGUCGGAAGAAGAAGACCCGGUCGCAGUAUGAGUCCGAGUCCGAGUCUGACAUAGAGGACAGUGAAGACGACGACACAGUCCUUGAUGAGAAGGCUGUCAAGAGGCUUGUGACCAAGCUCAGAGCGAGGAAGAAGGCCAAGAAACUUCGGUCCAAGGAGGAUUCAUCGGAGGAUCCGCAAGAUGAGGAUGAGGAUGCUGAUCCAGAUGACAUGGCACUCUUACUCGCGGAGGAGCGGUUGGCCUCGCUGAAACUCAAACGAGGUGAUGGUAGACGUCGUAACAGAACGCGCGGUAAACGAAGCUUGUCCGACGGACAGGUAGACGGCCUAAAAGGCUCCCAGAGGUCGAAAGGAAGGAAGAAGGCCCCCGCUUCAAAGAUAGCUUUCAAGCGAGUGGAUCAAUUGUGGGACAAUACCAUCCAUAACUUUAAGCUUACAGAGACCGUGGAUGACCCGGAUGCCAAUGAAUGGAAUCAAUAUCUCUUCACCGUCCGCCGCAGGUUUGACUGGGAUAACAAGUACACAGAAACAGUGGUAGACUUGAAAAGCAAGUACAUUCGUGACGCGCUGACCAAGGUGAUGGAUGGCGUCAAAGGGGUCAGCCUAGUGCAGGAGACUGCUGCUGUUGACCCAAAUAUGCUUUUCUUAUACCUUGAGGAGACUCGUCAAUACAUGAAGGAUCUAAGGCAACAGGCGAAAACGGAGAAGAAGAGGAAAGCAAAAAAGAUAGCUGCGACCAAGGCGGCUCAUCUCAAGGUUCUGAUCAAGUAUCUGGAUACCGAUUACUCUGAAAUCAAAAAGACCCUGUACCCGCUGUUAGAAGCCAACACGAUUACCUUCGAUCUAUUAUGGGCGCUGUUCAAGCCGAACACCAUUGCCUACACGCCAACAUACGGGAAUCAGGACGAACCACGUGCUUUCAAGAUUGAGUACGCCACUAAGGAGUCCUCGUUUAUGAAAGGUCAAUGGUACAGUAUCGAGGGGCGCUAUCUCGAAUACGAUGGGAAGACCUUCGGCAUGGGAACGAUGUUGGCUGAAGUGGAAAGCUUCAAGGGUGCUCGUAAGAUUACCACUCUCAGUUGCUACCCGCUGAAGUACCAUCGUGAGACCGAGGAUGUCAAGGCCAAACUAAUUGAGAGGGGUAAGAAAUUUGUUUCACUAAGGGGGACGAACUACCGGUUCCUCAAAGGCAUGGCCUUCUAUAAGAAGAAGCGCUCCGUCAUCAAGGUCAACAUCAAUGGGAGAGUCAUGAUCGACCCUGCACUUCACCGUCGGAUCAACCCUAACUACCCUAUCAGCACUGUCCGUCCGAAGGAUCCGGACUUUCUCGAUGACUCAGAUGGUGACGGUAGUGAUGGCGGAUGCUGCUGUGCCAUGUCGGAAUCUGACUCAGAUGAGCCGUUUGUCCACCGUCAGGACUCGGACGCUCCCAGAGUCCGGUACAAGGUCAUCCAGGACAAGGAAGGCAAGCCUCAGGUGGUUGAAGUCGAGCUCGAUGAAAAUGGCAAUGAGAUCCAGAAAGAACAGAUAGAUGAAGUAGAGGAUCCUUCUGAGCGAGACUUUACCGAGGAAGAACUCUUGAUUGCCAGUCCGGUAGUUCUAGGAUUCGCCUUUAGCGAAAAACUGUGGCUGGAAUUCAGCAUCUCGGGCAUCAGUGACAUUGAUUGGAAUGAGGAUGCGUUCGAUUCACUUGUCCUCCCAGAUAAUCAAAAGUCAAUCGUCAAGGCCCUUGUGGAAUCCCACACUUUCUGCGCCGCCCAGAACAUCGAUGAUGUUAUCCAGGGCAAGGGCAAGGGUCUAGUCGCCGUAUUGCAUGGACCUCCAGGUACAGGUAAAACGCUUACAGCUGAAGGCAUCGCCGAGUUGCUGAAGCGCCCAUUGUACAUGGUCAGCGCCGGAGAGCUCGGAACGGACUCACGUACCCUGGAGGCUGAACUCAACAAGAUCUUGGAUAUUGCCCAUUCAUGGGGCGCUGUGCUUCUGCUCGACGAGGCAGACAUAUUCCUUGAGAAACGUACGAUCCAGGAUAUCCACCGCAACGCUCUUGUUAGCAUCUUCCUCCGUCUCCUGGAGUACUUUCAGGGUAUCCUUUUCUUGACAACCAACCGGGUGGAAACUUUCGACGACGCCUUCCAAUCACGAAUUCAUGUCGCCCUGCGAUACGGAGACCUUACUACCAAGGCUAAGCGAAGCGUCUGGAAGAUGUUCCUCGGGAAAGUCCAGGCAAUGGAUGGAGUGCAAACAGCCACCUUCACCGAAAAGGAUUAUGACGCUCUCGCUCGUCACAAUCUCAACGGACGUCAGAUCAAAAACUCCGUCCGCACAGCGCAAGCCCUAGCCGUCAACGAGAAGACUCCCCUUUCCAUGGAACAUAUCAAGAAAGUCCUAGAGGUCGCAAAAACAUUCGAUCACGAUCUCCGCGGCGGAACAGGAUACAUGGAUGCGAUGAGAAGCUACACAUAA